UGACACACUAGAUGAGUUAAUUAACAUCAAACAAAGGAAAUAUCUAUGACGAAAAUGCAAUGAGUGAUGAAAAAGGGAAGAUAAAAUCGCAAACCUUAUAAGUGUAUGUAUCACCAAAUGAAUAACCAACACUAUUGAGCUAGAAUUUUGUGUAUGAUGGAUUUAAUACUCCAAAAGUAUGAAUCAAAUUCUACUAUUCAGAUUCCGUGUUUGUAUCAUAAAGGAAAUAUAUUAACUAAUUUUUGUUCAUGCAUUUAGUGCUUACUACCAUUAUGUCCUUAAUGUGUAGAAGAGCACAUCAAAAAACAUAAGAUUGAAUAGACCUCCAAUAAAAUUGAAUGUCUGGAGAAUGUCUUAAAUACUGUUUAUAAAGAUAUUGUUUAAGAAAGUUUAAAUAUUAUCCUAACCUAAUUAGCUAAUUUCUUUGCCAAAAGUUAUUUUGAUUUGAAAAACAAUGUUGAUAGCAUGGCUUAUGCAACAGAUAAUACUAUUAAUAAAUUACUCGACAUUUAAAAUCGUAUCAUCAGAGUUGUAGAACAAUUCUUUAAGUCGUUGAUCAAUGAUGUGCAAAAUAAACAAAAAAAGAAUUAAUAAAAUCAAGAGAAGGAUGCUGAAUCACUCAAACAGUUGGUAUUCAUUGCAUAUGACUUUAUAGGUAUAAUAAAGAUGGUCAUCUCACGUAACCUUUUUGGAAACAUUGAAUUCUGAAAAUAGUAUGACAUCAGUUAUUCAAUUCUACGGAACAUCCUUACUUGAAGACAAUGAGAAGUACUUCAAUAUCUUGGAUGAAUACUCAAACAGAUUUGAGUAGGUUACAUCAGAUAUCAUUUUCCAUUAAGAAAAAGCGUAAUUCAUAAUGAAUAUCAUCAUAUAGAAUAGAAAUUGCUGCCCAUCUAAGUCACAUUGUCAAAAUUAGACAUAAUGAUGUACCUGAAUUUAUUAAAAUCCACACUCUACCAAGUCCAAAUAUAUCAGAUGCUGUUUCCUUCCACUCUAAGACACCUAGUCAUAUCAAACCAUCACAACCCCUAUAUCCAUCUAUCUAGUAGCCUGCAUUCAGUCCCCCCUAACAUGUGAUUACAGGAGCCACUAGAAUACUUGAUAGUGGUACAUUUUACACAGACAAACGAUAUACAGACUCAUUGAAUAGGCUUCCAUAGUAUUAAAUGAGAUGA